UAUUGUGGAUGUUAAAAUAAUGACGUAAUUGAAAAACCAAACGCUGGACAGGAACCACAAUUCCCAAGAUGCACUUGCAAUUAACUGGACAGGGGGAAGGGAAGCUGUCAAACUGAGAUUGGAGGGAGAGAAAUUGAGAUUUCAGUUGUUCAUAACGACCAGUUGGGCUGGCACAUGGUAUGACCACCCCCUACUGGUAGCAUCCUGUCAGGAGAAGAUUUUCAUCUCCCGUUGUCAUCACUGGUCACAAACAACCCAUAGCCUUUGGACAUCAGGCACCAACAUUGAUGUCCACCCCUGAAGACCGAGUCUUAGGGACAUAAGAUACCGCCUGUUUUUAAGACAGAGGACAGUAACUUUCACAUAAGCCAACAGCUGGGUUCUCACCAUCAAAGAGCACAAGUGACUGUGGAGUGGAUGUAGCUACGCUGCUGUGCUGAUACCAAGGUGGCCCUCAGGUUCCCAAGUGCCAAAGCAAUGAAGAGUCCAGGCCAGGCAGAGGCCAGCCCAGCCCAGCAGUGCCCAUACCCAGUCCUGGACUCUCUGAUGGGGGAGGAGACUCGCUUGCCUGGGAGAUCCACAGAGGCAAGGAAGUAGAGAGAGGCCCACUGGCGUCCUCCAAUCAGCGGUCAGGGACAGAGACCAAGACGUUUUAGACAAUCAGGUGUCCGGGGGGAGCAGCUUUUGACACAACACCCUCGUCCACAGAAUAUUAGAACAGCCACCUGGCUGCAGGGUCGCUGUGUAGAGUUAGAGACGGCUAUAUAGACUCUGAGGUUUUACCACAGACUCGUUUGUUCUCCGUUAAAAGAAGAGGAAACAAAACCAGGUUGUUCCCGAGGAACACAUGCUUGCCUGAGAUGAAGUAGCUCCGUUCAGUGAAAUAAAUCCGUUGGACGGGACCCACUGCGCGUAUGUGUGUGUGUGUGUGAGAGAGACAGAUAAAGAGUGAGAGAGAGAGAGAAGCUUCUACAGACAAUUUGAAGAGACAGUGUUUGGACAGAGCACGACAGAGUGUCGGACCAAACGCCAUGGGGGAACAAGCUACGACCACUCUGACCGCCUCGCUCUCAGCCCACGAAACCAGAGGACUGUAAGAGGGCGCAACCGGGAUCACGAACACACACUUCUUCACACACGCGCGCACGCCAAAACUUAUGCAAUGGAAGGAGACGUUGGUGUCGUUGGGGUGUACGCAGAGGGUCUGAAUGGUUUGUCCCAUGAAUGUAAACCGACAGAGGAAUUCUCCAAUGGCCACUCCCACCUCAAACCUGUCAUGAAUGGGCAGACGCUGGGUCACAGUGUCAAAGACCACACCAACGGAAACUCCCAGCUAACCCUGCUACCUAUUUCAGCUUUGAAGCAGAAUGGUCUUCUACAGACGCUGGCUGCUGGAGGGGAGCAGCUCAUGACUGAGGAGGAGAACACAGAGCUGGAGCAGGCAAGGGAUGAGUGGGAGGCUCUUGAGAACAUCCAACCAGCACUCAGUGAGGACUCCUGUCCCACUCCUCUAAUCUCCUUCAACGAGGCCCUGCAACACUUCCAGACCACAGACUUGGGAGAGCUGCUGAAGAACAUCCAGCCCACCGUGCGCAGGUCGGGGCUAGCCGCCCUCACACACUUCCUGUUUGGCCCGCCGCGAAUUCACCGAGAACUGCUCGAGGAGAGGGACCUGGUCUUUGCCAUCGCACAAUGUUCCCUUGACAACAGCCAGCCAGUGCACAUGCGUGUGCUGCAGACGGUGUACAAGCGUCUGACCGGCAGCAGGCUGGACUGCCCGCGCUACGGAACUCACUGGGAGACUAUCGGCUUCCAGGGUACGGACCCAGCCACUGACCUGCGUGGUACGGGCUUCCUUGGACUGAUGCACACCCUCAACCUGGUGAUGGACCCUGAGACUCUUCCUUUAGCCAGGGACAUCUACAAACUCUCCCAGCACCCUACGCAGAACUUUCCGUUCAGCGUGAUGUCCAUCAACAUGACGCGCAUCGCUCUGCACGCGCUCAGAGAAGAGGCGCUGUCCAAGGAGUGUAACCGUCGGCAGCAGGUGGUGGGGGUUCUGAAUGAGUUCUACGUGGCUACCUUCCUGCACCUUCACCAGCUGUGGAAGAGCCAACAGAAGACCAUCUCAGAUUCGGGCUUCGUGCUCAAAGAAGUGGAGAUGUUCGCCAAAAAGAACCCCAAGCAGAUGCUGCGCCGCCUGGAGCUCUUCCUGAAGGAGAGGCGGUCGGGUGGGGCUCCCCGGGGCCCCUCCCCUGACCCCCAGGGCCCGCAGCGCUCGCCCUGCCUGGAGGAGCAGGGCUCCAGCUCGCGGGGGAAGGAGAUGCACUUCACCGGAGUGUGUGACCUGCCACCUGACAUGGAGGGGGAGGCUCGGCUCAUAUAAGCUACAGAGGGAACGAGAGAAAGUGUGUGUGUGUGUGUGUGUGUGGACAGUGUGUG